AUGUCCAUGUAUAAAAGGAAAAAGGCUGCUCGUGGCGGAAAGGAAAGAAGCUCUCAGACUGAACCUCCUUCACGCUUUUCUGCCACUGCAAAUCAAUGGAUAAUUUAUGACACGUAUUUGGAGGAACUGCAGAAGCAAGAAAAAAAUAAAGAGAAGCAGAAAACCACACUAUUGAAAAAAGAUACUAGUGACAGCAAGAAGAAAGUGACACUGAUGGAGACCCGGAGGGAUGAUAUCUCUAAAGUGGAAAAGGUGGCCAAGAUCGUUGAACGAGCGAUCAACCGAGAUCUGAUGGAUGACAAAGCACUUAGUAUGGUUCUUUUAGAAGUAAAACACAUUAGAAAACCCAAGUUGUUUUAUAAACAUCAAAUUUUGCUCUGUGACGUUGUACAAAGACCAGGAGCUCUCCCUCUUCAUCCUCUGUGGAUGUUUCAGUACAACGUAGUCAGAAACUUGUCUGUCACUGCCCUCUGCUGGAAUAACAAAUACCUGGACCUGUUUGCUGUGGGAUUGCGAUCAUAUGAAUGCAGACAGGGAGAUGGUAUGGUUCUCUUCUUCUCCAUGAAGAAUCGAACUGUUCCAGAGUACAUCUACUCCACACCCUCCGGGGUCUGUAGCCUCGACAUCCAUCCACACCACUCGUAUCUACUGGCAGUGGGCUUCUACGAUGGCUGCGUGGCCGUUUACAACUUGAAAAAGAAAGAACCGCACCCUGUUGACAGGAGUACGGUGAAGAAUGGCAGGCACACAGUUCCUGUCUGGCAGGUGUACUGUCAGAAAGAUGAUAUGGAUGGCAACCAUAUUUUUUAUUCUGUGUCAGCUGAUAGCAGAGUGGUGUCCUGGACUCUUGUCAAGCACAAGCUUAUUUCAACGGACAUUAUCAGACUGUGGCUGAAAGGUGCUGCCUCUGAUGCACCACAUGCAGCACAGCGGUCCAACUUUUGUAAGACUGCCUCACAGAUGUCUACUGAAAGCUGUGACAGAUUAUAUCUUAAUGUCAAUGGUAGGUCAAUGGACUUCAAUAAACAGAUUGAUGAUCUGUUUUUAGUUGGCACCGAGCAAGGGAAAAUUCAUAAGUGCUCGAAGCUUUACUCCAAUCUGUUCCUGGAGACUUAUGAGGCCCACAAAAUGCCGGCAGAUACUGUGAAGUGGAACCACUUCCAUCCCAACAUCUUCAUUUCUUGCAGUUAUGACUGGACUGUUAAGUUGUGGGAGCACACCAUCAACACUCCACUGCUCACCAUUGAUCUUUAUGAACCUGUUGCGGAUGUUGCAUGGGCUCCUUACUCCUCCACUGUGUUUGCUGCUGCGACAAUAGAUGGAAAGGUUCACGUUUUUGACCGUAGUAUCAGCACAGAAGAGACCAUCCACCAGCAGCAAGUGAUGGAAAAGGAGACCAAGCCGACACGCAUUGAGUUUAAUCCCAUCCAUCCCAUGAUUAUCUUGGCUGAUGACAAAGGGAAUUCACCUUGA